AUGGAGCGGAGGCCGAAUUCUGGGGCGAGGCCCGACAGUAGGGAUCGCAGACGGAUGGUACGCUUCCGUACAUCGCUGCGCAAUACGGUGCUGGAUGUGAUGAAGCGUCAAGGCGGCUGGAUCGAGACAGAUAGCGAUCUAGAUUGGGACCUACACUGGGCGGACGUGGGUUGGAUCCGGGAGAACUUGGAUGCCUUCACUCCGCUUCAAGAUCACCAGCGUAUCAACCACUUUCAGAACCACUACGAGCUCACACGCAAGGAUUUACUGGUUAAGAAUCUCAAGCGCGUUAAGAGGCAGCUCGAGCGCAGUGGUAACGUGGAGUCUCAACGAGAAGCGGAGCUAUACGACUUCUGGGCGGCGACGUUUGUUCUGCCUCAUGAAUAUGGCAUGUUUCUAGAGGAAUUUAAGCGUACACCAGGAGGUAGAUGGAUCAUGAAGCCUGUAGGCAAGGCACAAGGUCGUGGUAUCUUUUUGUUUGAAAAACUGAGUGAUAUCAGCGAGUGGAAACGAGAUGCCUCUUGGAAAGGUGACGGAGGGAUGCAGGCCAAGACAGCAGACACGUACAUUGUGCAGAAGUACGUCGAGUCACCACUGUUGCUGGGCGGUAAGAAGUUCGACUUACGGUUGUACGCGUUGGUGACGAGCUUCUCGCCAUUGACGUUCUGGAUCUAUCGCGCCGGGUUCGCCCGCUUCUCCCACACUCGCUACUCUCAGAGCAAAGGUGAGAUGGACAACCUCUUCAUGCACUUAACAAAUGCGUCGGUGCAAAAGAGCGCGGACGACUACAACGAACGUCUCGGCUCCAAGUGGCCACUUCACAGUCUCAAGAUGUUCCUCAUUAGCAAGUUUGGUCAGGAAGCUGUCGACCGCUUGUUCCUCGCGAUCCAGUCGCUCAUCACACGCUCACUGCUGGCUGUGCAGUCCACGAUAAUUCAGGAUCGACACUGCUUUGAACUGUACGGGUAUGAUGUGCUAAUUGAUAGCGCAUUGAAGCCGUGGCUCAUCGAAGUCAACGCCUCGCCGUCGCUGACUGGCGACUCGGACGCUGACUACGCGCUCAAAGCCAACCUCAUACAGCAUACACUCGAUGUUGUGGACCUGGAACGACGACGUGAGGGCGAUGAGCUGCACGUCGGUGGCUUUGACCUUAUCUGGAGCAAUGGUAGUGCUGUGCCCAACGCCAAACCGAACGGGUACAGCUCGUACCUGGGCUGCACAUUUGAGACUAUGGAUGUCCCUGAAAGAAAAUGA